AGAAGCUGCUAUCGUAUGUGAAAUUUAAUGAAAAAGAAGGAGAAACGUUCUUCGAAGCGGCUACUAUCUGCAUGGGACUCGGAGGAUCAGUGGCUGUCCCUGAGGGCCAGGAGGAUAACAAUGCCAUCGCUAAACUUGUCAAGGAUAAGAACGUGUGGCUGGGGAUAACCCGCUCAGAAUCUGGAGACUAUGUCCGUCAGGACGAUAAGACAACGCUGGUCCCGUUCUCUAACUGGAAGGGAGGAGCCCCGGAAGUUGUUGAGGGGAGUGCUAGUGGGAUUGUUCUCAACGCUGACGAGUCCAGUGAUGAGCUCGGAAUGUGGUAUGCCAGAUCGGUUAACGAGAACCAUGGGACUGUCUGUGAAAGAGUGCCCCGUAAGCUGAACAGAAAACGAAGAUCAAAGGUGUAAAAAGGGAUGUAUUCUACACAACAUCAAAGAAAAAACAUGCUUUAGCUGACUUUUCAUCAAUGAAGACACUACGAAGUCUUAUAAAGUGUUUUAUAAAGACUAUUUAUAUUCGAAUUUAGUUUGCUUUAUGUUG